GUUGCUUUGUUGUAGGCUUCUACAAGGUUUCCUACAGAAUUAGUAAGUGUGGAAAUGGAGCCGAGCUGGAGUACGUUUCUUUUUCAACAGGCCAAUGAAGCCCUCCACCACCAGCACCAUGUGGCCCAGAACAGCCUGCUGCCUCUUCUCAACGCAGGAGCCGACCAAAUCGACCAGAAGCCGAUCCUGCCCAUCCACAUAGACCACAAGCCCCCGACCAGCGCCGCAGAUCUCCUCAAAGACAAUGUGGCCAGCGGCGGGGGCGGGCGGCUGCCGGUGCCUGUGAUAAAGAAGGAGCACAAGGGCAAAACGCCUUUCGUCUGCGGCUACUGCAACAAGGCCUUCCGCGACAGCUACCACCUGCGCCGCCACGAAUCCAGCCACACCGGCAUCAAGAUGGUGUCGCGGCCAAAGAAGAGCGCCCAGGCGGCCCCGACCAUGGUGCCCAUGGUGCCCAUGAUCUCGACCAUGUCCCGGGAGAACAACGGCCACCCUUCCUACAUCUCCACGGUGGCGGGCAUCCUCUCCACGGCGACCACCUCGGUUUCCUCCGGCAUGAGCAUCAUGACGUCGUCCGCGAUGGGCAACAUGCCGCACCAAAGUGUCCCGAAGAAGCCCGCCAAGCCGGUCAAGAAGAACCACGGGUGCGAGAUGUGCGGCAAGGCAUUUCGGGACGUCUACCACCUGAACCGUCACAAGCUGUCCCAUUCGGAUGAGAAGCCCUUCGAGUGCCCCAUCUGUCAGCAACGCUUUAAACGGAAGGACCGAAUGACCUACCAUGUCCGCUCUCACGACGGGGGAGUCCACAAGCCCUACGUGUGCUCGGUGUGUGGGAAAGGCUUUUCCAGGCCGGACCACUUGAGCUGCCAUGUGAAGCAUGUGCAUUCCUCAGAAAGACCAUUUAAGUGUCAAGUAACGGCAUGUACCUCUGCUUUCGCCACCAAAGACCGACUCCGUUCCCACAUGAUCAGGCAUGAAGGCAAGGUCACCUGCAGCAUCUGUGGGAAGAUGCUCAGCGCAGCUUACAUCACCAGCCACUUGAAGACUCACGGACAGACCAACUUCAACUUCUGCAACAAAGCUACACCUGUGACCAUUUCUGCCCCCAUCACCUCGGCGAUGAACCGGUGCCACUCCAACAACCCUGUCACCAUAGCCGCGCAUAUGAACAUUGGCAGCAACACCCUCAACAUCACAUCUCCACUCGCCCUCCAGCACCCGGUCACCAUCACCGGGCCACUCAACAUCGCGUCUGUCAACAUCCCCUCCACAGGGUCCAUGAAUAUCGCCCACCCGGUCGCCAUAACGACCACCAUGCCCAUGAACAUGGGCGGGCCGCUCAACAUCGCCAUGAGGUCAAUGGAUAGCAUGCCUUUUCUGUCCCAAGUCUUGCCUUCUUCCACACCCUGGUAAAAAGAAAAGGAAGAAGAAGAAGAAAAAAGAGGCGUGAGAGCGCAUUGGACUGGCCAGCAAGAAAGGGAAAUUGAAGUGAAACAAGAGACUCCUGUCCUCAUCAUUUGCAACUCGAGCCCGUCUCUUUCUCCACCGGAACCAUGUUUACUUACCCCGAGGUGAACAUUUACAUGAGCUGCGCCGCCGGGAGGAGCUCCCCCAAGUCACAGCUGCGUCCCAACUAAUGUUGAGUAACUGACGUGAGAGGCAGGACACUUGAGUAGAAAUCGAGUAGGAUUUAUCGUGAAAUCAGGACAACCGCCGUAAGACUUAGUGUAGUCAGCUAGAGUGAUGAAACUGUGAUUUGUAUGACGACGCGUCAGAGGAGGGCACCCCCGAGGACUCCGUAGGAAAACACACCUGUGUUUUUUUCUUUUUUUUUGUUAAAAGGGAGAUGAGAAACUGGACUACAGCAUUAACGACGUGUUGCUGUUCUAGAUGUUCUCUCCCAAAGCCUUAGGGUGUUACUUUGUAUGUAUGUUUUUUUAUUAUUAUUAUUAUAGCCUGCUAAUCACUAUUUAAUGUUAUAGGAAAUGAGUUUAGAAAAAGGGACAGCAACUUCCACGUGCAUGGAAGAAUAUUUUUUCACAGUGCUCUGGCUUUUUUUCUUUUUCUUCUUGGAUCGUAGGUAUGCUCUCACGGUACAGUGACUAACUUGUACACUUGACAUAGUAAUGUGUUUUCAUGUUGGCAUUUUAAUUUUUAGCUUUGGUCAUUUUAAGUGGAUUUGUGCCUUUUGUUUUCUAUUGGUAUGGAAACACGGAGGUUUUGUUUUUAUUUGCCUAUUUGUCGUGUUCCUUUUUCCAUGAAGUCAGAGUGGAACGAGUCUUGCACUGAAGGCAUAUCCUAAACACAGGUGAGCAGCAGUAUUAUCAAAGAUCAAAUUGGAGUCUUAAGUGUUCUGGGUAGCCGGCCUGCACCUCGAGGGUCAUCGAGUGGCCCAACAUGGAAGAAACGGUCUGUCCUUGUGACGCUUUUUCAGGCUGUUGCGUUUGCCACAAUGGUCACUAAUUAGUCCUGUCUGACUCUUCUGUACACUGUUUUUAUUUAAUUUAUUUUUUUAAAUCAUUUAUCUGUGAAUGCCCCACGAUGAUUUUAAGGACCCUUCACUCAGGAAACACACACAAAAGCUCAUCACACAUGAAAGUGGUUCCUUUUAAGUAUAUCUACCAUAUAUCUUGAUUCUUGUCCCUUUUUUAGAUAUCUUUUAUAAUUCGGUAUGUCCUGUUAAAAGACUUCCUUCAUGAACUAGCAGUCCGAGAACUAUCGAUUUUAAAUAUAGCCGUCCAUUUAAAUAUUAAUUUACUGUGCAAUGGCAUACAUGCUGUACCGAUUUUUUUUUAAUUUCGUUUUAAUCGAUUUACAUUUCCUUUUUGAAGUUCAGCUUCAGGCUGCAACGGUAUGUGGCAGAGUUUGAUGAAAUGCAAGUUUGUGUCCAUAAAAACAAAUGGGACAAGAUUGAUGUUGCAUGACCCCAAACACUGUAGCUGUUGAACAUUAACUAUUUUUAAUGAAUGCCAUGUUAUCUCAACAGUGUUGCAGCGCUGAGUUGAUUCAGUUCAUACUGAGAAAUGCAAUAUGCAUGUUUGUCAUUUUUCCCAAGUUUUUUGUUUGAAACAAAAUGUUAGUGUAGCUUUUUCUUUGUUCUUAUGUAUUUACGUAGAUUCACUAUGAUAGCCUGUUUGCCAAAUUUGAUACAGUAAUAACAAUGUGAUAAACUGAACAUUUCUGGUGGAAUUCAACAUCUCUUUAUUUUUUAGGAAAAGAAAAAAAUAUCGGAAAAUUCCAUGACCCUUGUGAAAGCAGUUGAAUGUAUAUCUUUGUACAAACCUAUUUUAGUUCCAAGGAUAUGGUAGUUACAAUAGAUGUAAAAGACAAGAUAACUUUUUUUGUAUAAAUCUUUUGUAUUAGAACAUUAACAAUAGUAACUUUGUAUAUAUGAGAGGCUAGGCUUUCCGAUUAGCAGAAAGGUCAAACAUUCCUACAUUUCUUUUAAAUGUAUGUUUGUCAAAUAAUUACAUAAAAAUGCGCAAUGUUAUGUGCCUUUUAUUUGGGUUGUCUAAAUAAAUGAAAACUAUCAAAUGUG